AAUAAGUUAACAGAAAUGAAAGAUAUUCCUCCUAUCGUCGAGUGUCCCAACGGCCUAUUUCUAUUAAACGUCUAUCGCAACGGCGUUUUUCUCGUUGCUGUCUGCGCUGCCGAAGUUUCACCCCUCCUCGUACUCGAACUACUUAACCAAAUAGUAUUCAUCUUGGAAGACUAUUAUGGUCCUCUUUCAGAGACCGUUAUAAUUGACAAUCUGGUUGGUUCUUUCGAGCUGCUCGAUGAAAUGCUGGACAAUGGUUUUCCGAUGUCAACAGAAUCCAAUAUCCUGAAGGAGCUGAUAAAGCCUCCCAAACUCCUGCGUUCCCUCACAGAUGCAGUAACUGGUCGGCAUUCUGGAGUUACCUCUACUUUACCGGCCAACCAGCUGACAAACAUUCGUUGGCGCCGCUCUGGCGUCAAGUACACCAACAACGAGGCGUUCUUCGACAUCACAGAGAAAAUAAAUGCUAUAGUUGACCGGUCAGGCACUGUUCUGCUAGCCGAUGUAGAAGGUUCGAUUGACUGCCUAGUUCACCUAUCGGGCCUACCUGAUCUUACACUGAGCUUCCUGAAUGCCCACCUUCUGGAGAACACCAGCCUCCAUCCGUGCGUGCGUUACGCUCGUUGGGACAAACAGCGCAUUCUCUCCUUCGUUCCGCCCGAUGGUCACUUUCGUCUGUUCAGUUAUUACAUUCCGAACCUCAGGUACACUGCCCCCCCUCCCACCUGUCGUCUUCCUUUCCGUGUGCCUCUCUUACCUUUCUUAUGGGCCAAAAUCGUUGUAGAGCAAACAGAUGUUAUGGAGGAAUUCUACAUCUUUCCGCUUGCUCUUCCUAUAUCUCUGCGACAGUCGAUUAUUCUGAAGGAAACUGGCAGUCGUUUGGAUAUAUCUGUAACUCCGAAAUCUACCGGAGGUAAACCGCUUGAACAAGUGAAAGUUACUGCAGUUCUGCCAGUUGAAGUGUCGAAUGUCAGCGUCACGCCCAGUCAAGGAAAGUCCACCUUCGAUCCGGUUUCGAAAACCCUCGUCUGGGAUGUUUCCUCCGUUCCCGUGGUGAGCCUUGAUUUUCAGCUACCACAGGCUACCGUCUCCGGCCUCCGCGUAGCGCGCCUUGAAUUACACAGAGAGACCUAUAAGCCUUUCAAGGGAGUAAAGUAUCUGACGCGUGCCGGCUCCUUCGAAGCUCGUCUCUAA